GAGAAGACAAGAAACAAGAAAUCUCGGCACGAUGCUCUCCAUCUCUGCUGCUUCAUAGAGAGGGAAACCAGGGAGAGGCGACUGGUCGAGCUCGGUACCAUGCAUCUGGUCCUCUGCAGGUUGCUGGUGAUCUCUUUUGCUGAGCUCUGACAGGCAGGAGGAUCUUUCCAAUUUGAGAUCUCGGGUCAUUCCUUAAUCAUUGGUGUCCUGGCAGCUGACUUGCCUUGUUCUGUCAGGGAAUAGAACACAAGAAAGAAAGGAAAAAAUAACUUUUGUUGCACCUUGUGGAAUAAAUCUCAAUAGGUUUAAUUCAAAAAACUUUUAGUGCCAGACUUCCUCGUGCCAAGAUGGAUGAAACGCACAACAACAGGGUUUCUUUGGCGAAAGGUGCCAAGGACAUCGCAAAGGAAGCAAAGAGGCAAGCUGCCAAAAAUGUAGGCAAAGCAGUUGAUCGAGCCUCAGAUGAAUACUCGACUCAUCGCAGCUACAACCGUUUCCAGAACGAGGAAGAAGACGAGAACAACUACAAUGCUAACGGUCAGCACGCCAACGAUGAGGAAGGGGCCUCCAGUGAUGACACAGAGGGCCACGACGAUGAGGAUGAGAUCUACGAGGGGGAGUACCAAGGCAUCCCGGCCCAAAAUGAGGGGAAGCUGCGGGACGGUCAGGUGGCUCUGGGUCAGCCGGUCUCUGACAGCCUGAAGAGUCACAAGGAGCUGGAGAGCGAGAGGCAGACGGACGAGGAGGAGCUGGCCCAGCAGUACGAGCUCAUCAUGCAGGAGUGUGGCCACGGGAGGUUCCAGUGGCAGCUGUUCUUCGUCCUCGGGCUGGCGCUCAUGUCUGAUGGCGUGGAGGUGUUCGUGGUUGGCUUCGUCCUCCCCAGUGCUGAGACAGACAUGUGUGUCAAAAACUCUGGUGCUGGAUGGCUGGGCAGCGUUGUGUAUCUGGGGAUGAUGUUUGGAGCUUUCUUUUGGGGCGGCCUGUCAGACAAGCUGGGCCGUAAACAGUGCCUGCUGAUCUCCAUGUCCGUCAACGGCUUCUUCGCCUUCCUCUCCUCUUUUGUCCAAGGAUACAGCAUGUUCCUCGUCUGCCGCAUGGUGUCUGGCUUCGGGAUUGGUGGAGCGGUGCCCAUCGUGUUCUCCUACUUUGCGGAGGUGUUGGCUCGGGAGAAGAGAGGAGAGCAUCUGAGCUGGCUGUGCAUGUUCUGGAUGAUCGGAGGAAUCUACGCCUCAGCCAUGGCCUGGGCCAUCAUCCCACACUAUGGCUGGAGUUUCAGCAUGGGUUCAGCCUAUCAGUUCCACAGCUGGAGAGUGUUUGUGGUGGUGUGUGCGCUGCCGUGUGUCUCUGCAGUGGUCGCUCUCACUUUUAUGCCUGAAAGCCCCCGCUUCUUACUGGAGAAUGGUAAACAUGACGAGGCCUGGAUGGUGCUCAAACACAUCCACGACACCAACAUGCGCGCCCGUGGAGAGCCUGAGAGAGUGUUCACUGUCAACAGGAUAAAAGUCCCCAAGCAGCUGGACGAGCUGGUGGAGAUGCAGAAUGAGUCAGCCAACCCUGUCCUCAAAGUCCUCUACAAGAUCAAGGCUGAGCUCAGAGGAAUCUGGUUGACUUUCAUGAAAUGCUUCGACUACCCAGUGAAAGACAACACUAUAAAGCUGGCUAUAGUCUGGUUUACUCUAUCAUUUGGGUACUACGGGCUCUCCGUCUGGUUCCCGGACGUCAUCAAGCACCUCCAGGCCGACGACUACGCCUCCAGAGUGAAGAUCCACAACAACGAGCGCAUCGAAGACUUCACCUUCAACUUCACCCUGGAGAACCAGAUCCACAGGAACGGCAUGUUUCUGAACGACAGGUUCAUCAGUAUGAAGAUCAGGUCAGUCACAUUCAUCGACUCGUCCUUCCUCAACUGCUACUUUGAAGACGUCUCCUCCGUAGGGUCCUCCUUCCAAAACUGCACCUUUGUCGACUCCUUCUUUUACAACACAGAUGUUGACGAUGCCAAGCUGACAAAUUCAAGAGUGAUCAACAGCUCCUUCCACCACAACAAGACGGGCUGUCAGAUGACGUUUGACGACGACUACAGCGCCUACUGGGUCUACUUUGUCAACUUCCUGGGAACGCUGGCUGUGCUGCCCGGCAACAUCGUCUCUGCCCUGCUCAUGGACAAAAUAGGACGUCUCAGCAUGUUAGGAGGCUCCAUGGUGCUCUCAGGCAUCAGCUGCUUCUUCCUGUGGUUUGGCACCAGCGAGUCCAUGAUGAUCUUCAUGCUGUGUCUCUACAACGGCCUCAGUAUCUCCGCCUGGAACUCGCUGGAUGUCGUCACCGCUGAGCUGUACCCGACAGACAGGAGGGGCACAGGCUUCGGCUUCUGUAAUGCCAUGUGUAAGCUGGCGGCGGUGCUGGGCAACCUGAUCUUUGGCUCUCUGGUUGGCAUCACCAAGGCGAUCCCCAUCCUAAUGGCCUCGUCUGUGCUGGUUGCCGGCGGGUUGGUGGGGCUCCGACUGCCAGACACACGGGCCAAUGUCCUCAUGUAAACCUCCACACAGGACAGAGUGUUGUUUGCCAGGUAUUUACUCAGUUUACUGAAUAACCAUUCUUCAAUGGACUGAUUUAUUUGAAGCUGCCAUCAUUUUUGUAUUUAUUAUUUGCUGAAGAAUGUUGACUGUGUUCUCAAACAGGACAAGGGUGUGUUAUUCUGUUAUUUCUGAGUAAAAACCUGGUAAACAAUAAAAGAUAAUGAGUUGCAGUUUGACUUUCCAAUGAGCUGUAGAUAUAAAGAGUUUGGAGAAAACAAUCAAAGGUUAGAAAUGUACCAAGUGUACGUGGCUGCUUGCCAAAGCGCUGGGCAUUCAUGCAGGCAUUAAAAUGCUACUGCUCAGAAACAAGUAAGAAUUGUUGGUGGUGAUGAAACUCUGAAUAUCAGCAGCUCAUUAGCUGUUUUCACACAUGCAGCACACAAAUAUGUGUAACAACUGCAAAAGGCUUGGACUUCCCACAACCUUCCCCUUCAAAAUCUCUAUUAAAUGUACUCAGAUUAAAGGGAUAGUUUGAGCUUUUGGGACCCAUGCUUAUUCAAAGCUCACAUUAGCAGCUGCUUAGCUUAACUUAAAGACAGGAAACACAGGGAAUAGCCAACCUGUCCGUUGGUAAAAAAUCUGCCAAUCACGCUUAAGCUCACUUAUUUACCUUUUUUCAUAUCAUUCUGUACCAAAAAAAAGUAGCUUGACCAUUGGUCAUGUUAUGUGGUUAGGGGCCAUAUGUCUUGGUCAGUAACUUUGCAGUGCUGUUGCUUUUGACACUUGUUUUUCGAACGGAUUUACCCACAAAAUGCAUAAUUCUAUUAGUGAGCUUCAGAAGUGCUGAUAAUUAUAUAUUGUUACCUUAGUUUGAACAGAGCAAGGCUAUUUGUUCUCCUAUGUUUCCAGUGUUUGUGCUAAGCUAACUAGCAGCUAGCGGUAGCAUCAUUACAUAACAAACAUUAGGAGUGCUUUUGCUCAAUUGCAUCCAACUCUGAGCAAGAAUGCUAAUAAGUGUGUAAAGUUCAGGUAAAUGUCAAACUAUUCCUUUAAGUAAAACAAUAUUUUUAACAAACCUUUAUGUGAUCAGACUUGUUUUUAUGUAUAUUUAUAUAUUUAAUAAUUUAUGAUGAUUGUGCUUUUUCGAGUUGAAAGGCCAGAAAUUGAAGGUUCUUUUUUUUCUCUGUUCUUACACCUGUGAUUCCAUAUGAUUGGCGACAUUCAAGCCUUUUGCUGCACAUUAAUUUUAAGAAUGACAAGGCCAUAAGAAAAAUAUAUAAAUAAAUAAAGUAGUUUAGUCAAAACCGGCAACUUCAGCAGUUACAUUUCUAAAGUGUAAAAAGGUUUACAUUUUCUGCUUUUUACAGUAAGAGACUUUUGGGAUUGGAAACCUUUUUGUCUGAAUGCUUCCUCUCUCGCUCUUUCUUGUCUGUGUUGUGUUUCGUCUCGUGGCACCGAGCUCACCGCGAAGGGCUUUGCUCUCCGUUGCAAUCCAAUCUGUAAAAAAUGAAUUUAUACGCUGUUAAAAUCUGCUCUCCUCCCUGUUUUGGUUUAUUGUCUCACUGUCUUGGUUUUCCUCAUGGUGUAUCCUUCCCAGUCAUGUCCUCUUGCUCUGUUUAGCUCCUCCUGCCUUGCUGCUGCUCCCCCCUAAAACUCAAAGGCCUUUCUCAAAUGUCGUGCCUCUUUCUCCAUUGAGCCCGUCUCUUCUUCCAAACCUUUGCUGGAAGCUUUGCUGCUCUGUCCUGCUUUUUAUCAGCUUUGCAUCUCUUGAUACUGCAGUGUGUAUGAGUGUGUGUAUGAGUGUGUGUGCCAGACAAACCCUGAUAAGAUCAGUGAGCUUCUUUUUGUUUUAUUUUCUACACCAGGGAGUGUUUUUUGGAAGAUUUUAACAAAAUGAUGAAGUGAAAUUAAAAGCCAUGCUUAAAUGAUCAGUUCACCCAAAUUCCCAAAAAACAUGCCGUGCAAACACUUAAUGUGGAUCUCAUCAGGACAGAGACAGUCAUUUGGAUUGAUCCUGUAGGGUCAAUGAGUGUUUGUACAACCUUUCAUAAUAAUUCAAUGUUUGUUGAGAUAUCUCACUCAAAAGCAGAAAUGUCAACCUCAUAAUUGAGCUAGAAUAAACGUCAGGGAAUUAGAAAAGUCAUUAGGAUCCACCUUCUGGAGACCAUGAAUGUUUGUUCAACAUUUCAUGAUAAUUCAUGUAAUAUUUGUCGAGAUGUUGACCAACAUUUCCCUUCCUAGAACAACACCUAGAUGUACCUUUCUAAAAAACAGUGUCCCUACUCUAGAAAACCCACAUACAUAUUUCCAGAGGGAUUAUUUGAUCUGUAAAAAGUAGAUCCCAUGAAAGGAGUGAGGUCCUUAAGAUUAGUUCAGAUGUUGUUUCUGGAAAGAGACACUGUGGAGAUUUUCACCAAACAAUAUAUAACUCACCUUCAUUGAAAUGAAGUGGUGGGAGAAACCUCAGAGACAGAGAUCUGGGCAAAUACAACUACAACUACCUGCAUGCCUAGAUACUAUCUCUGCUAAGUAAAUACAAUAUGUUUUUUUGUAAUUUGGGUGAACAGACCCUUUAAAACCUCUAAUGAAUGGAACUUUUGCUGCUACAAUGUUUAAAAAAGGAAAAAAGGUAAUUUGUAAAAUAUAAAAUGUUAUUUUCUGGGUUUGCAAAAUGUCAAAUAACACAAAACUAAAGCACUGUUUAUUCAGUUAUUUUCCGAAUCAGUUUUACAUUAUGUUGUGUUGCUUAUAUCCUAUUUCUUACUCUGGAAAUGUGUGCGGUACAUAGGCUCCUACAUGCAGCUACGUAUUUCAGUUUUUUUCUUACUGAAAUGCAAUUGUUUUGAGAUCUGGUUUCCUGAUGUUUGAUGCUUUAUCUCCGUCCAACAUCCCCCUCCACCUGUGCAGAAAAAGCUCACUAAACAUCACUGUUUGCAAAAAGAAAUCCUGCAUGUUUGUUACUGAAGUCCUUCUGUUGUGUGUGCUUUUUCCAUCUUGGUGUCUUCGCUGUUCCUCUGCGGAGGGAAACAGAUAUGUGAUUCCCGGGUCAAAGGUGAAUGUAUCAUUCUCGUGUGUCGUCAGAUUGGUUGUGGACAGGUUUUCAUUAUACUGAGUUGACUUCUAUGUCAUUGUGAAAGGGCAUGCCAGUGUUGAGAUGCCUGUAUGUACUACAAGAUGUUACCCAGCAGGGGUGGUCAAAUCUGCUUUUUGUUGUGAAGGUUUCCAGGUAGAUUCAUCAUGAAGUCACUGAAGCAGGAAUGACAUUUCCAGAGUUAUGACUUUCAGAUUUUAAAACCUCUGCUGUCAAACAAUAUG